CUUUAUCUAAUUUCCUUUAUCUUAAUCUAUUAAAAUCUAAAAAUAUAUGGCAUGCAAUUCUGUAGCCUGCCUGACGGUUUUGCCUGCAAAAAUGGGUAUCCUUGGGCUACUACCUUGAUCAAAACUUGAAUUUUCUUUACCUGUCGUCCGCAAUAGCAUCUUCUCCCUUCCAAUCUUUUAAUUGUUUGCCAUAUCCUCUCAUUGAGGUAAAUUAAUACCUUCGGUUUCGACUUCCUUCACCGUGUUCUCCCUUCCUAUUUGUGUGCAUACGCGUCCAUGUGCAUCGCCGAGAUCUCCACGCACGCAAACCUCGUACUCCCUUCGUAUAACCUCGCGGCGGCGCCGACGACUGACGGGCACUCGUGUCACCGGAACCAUCAUCAACCUCCCGAUCAACCCGCGCGCUCGCCGGCGCCCGGAUCCUAGCCGGGCUGACUUUCUCACGCGCGCGCGCACGCGCGCACAUGGCCGCGCCGCCGCAGCCGCUGCCCGUGACACGCGCCGCCGCCAAUGUCGGCGGCGGCGGCGCCGCUCAUGACCACCAGCAGCAGGGUCACGGCGGCGCGGGUGCGGAGGUUCGGAGGGCGGCCAAGGCGCUGCUGUUCCUGGUGGCCCUCGCGCUCCCGUGCCUCGUGCUGUACCACCGCGCCGUCGUGACGCCGGGGGACCUGCUCGGCGCCGCUGCCAUGCCGUGGCGGCGCGCCGCACUACGUGACGCCGACGCCGCGGAGGACCUGGACAGCGAGGACGCGAGGCUGGAGCGAGUCCUGACGGCGGCCGCGAUGCCCAACGACACGGUGAUCCUGACGACGCUGAACUCGGCGUGGUCGGAGCCGGGCUCCGUGCUGGACGUGUUCCUGGAGAGCUUCCGGUCCGGCGAGAGCACCAGGGAGCUGCUGGACCACCUCGUCAUCGUGUCGCUGGACACGACGGCGCACGCGCGCUGCAGGCAGGUGCACCGCCACUGCUUCGCGCUCGUCACGGACGGCGUCGACUUCUCCGGGCAGAAGAACUUCAUGACCGACGGCUACCUCAAGAUGAUGUGGAGGAGGAUCGAUUUCCUCAGGAAAGUUCUUGAGAAAGGCUUCAGCUUCGUGUUCACGGACACGGACAUCGUGUGGUUCAGGAACCCGCUGCCGCACUUCUACCCGGACGGGGACUUGCAGAUCGCGUGCGACCACUUCACCGGCGACCCGAGCGACCUGAGCAACGCGCCCAACGGCGGCUUCGUGUACGUGCGGUCCAACACGGAGACGACCGAGUUCUACAGGUUCUGGUACGCGGCGAGGGAGCGCCACCCGGGGCUGCACGACCAGGACGUGCUCAACGCCAUCAAGCGCGACCCCUACGUGGCCGAGCUCGGCGUCCAGAUCAGGUUCCUCAGCACCGAGCUCUUCGGCGGCCUCUGCGAGCCGAGCCGGAACAUGAGCAGGGUCUGCACCAUGCACGCCAACUGCUGCAUCGGGCUGCGACGCAAGAUCAGCGACCUCAACGCCAUGCUCCAGGACUGGAGGAGGUUCAGGGAGCUGCCGCGCGACGACAACCACUCGGUUUCCUGGACCGUGCCGCGCAACUGCAGUCUUCAGAAACUGGAGGGGGGUAGUUGAAGAGGAAGCUGUUUUUCAGCUUGUCAAAUGUUCAGACUUCGUUCUUCAGAACAUGGAUGGAUGGAUGGAUGGAUGAUGUAGUAAGCAAAAGAUGUAUGGG